GGCCACGCCAAUGUUAUUUGCUUUUAGUUUCACGAAAUCUCGGCCGUUUAUGCGCGUCAGUAAACACACAGUUCGUCCACCGUUUCCGAUGCAUCUCGGCAGACACAACGCCAUCAGUACGUAACGUCGCUUAGAAGUCGCCAGUCGCAAGCUCUCGCUAAACGGCUCCCACGAAACGAAAGAUGCAUGGUUUUUGCUACACUUAAAAAGGAAAAUUGUUACCAAAAAUAGUCAAAGAAAGGGUUACCGUCAGGAAGAGAAUGAUUGAGUGAGUGAAAAAGUGAAACAGUGCAGCUGACACAUGUCACCGUGAACGAGCUUCAAACGAGGGAAGAGACAGUUGUCACCAGGACUCUUUCGCUUUUGUUUCAACUUCCCGCACACACACACACACACACACUUGGGAAUCGUUUUGAUUGAGAGUAAAAUUAGCAUUAGGGCAGUGUUUUACGGUGGGCCACACGCACCCUCACCAGCAGCAGUUUAAUUGACUGUUUGACAGACGCAUCUCAAGUUACCGGGAACCUUGCGCGGUGGGUUCGUGGGAGCACACGCACGUACAGACACGCAUGAAAGAGGAAAAAAAGAGCGAGUCACUUUGAAUCAGCGACCCUCUGCGUUCACCCUGCCCAAUCGGUCCAUCAUUUGUCACGGUGAGUUUGACCGUACGUCACGCGACACGGCAACGCACGGUGUGUCGAUGUGUCAAACUGUGACUGGUUGGAAGCAACAAGUUGCACCAACCACACCGGCCUCCUCUAUGUAUGACCGUGAAAUGAUGCUACAACUACUGCAAGCUGAUCGGUAACAUCUGUCCGGUGGUACGGUGUUAACCUCACGCGGUUUGGCCCAGGUGGCUCCAUGUCGAUCCGGGUGGGAGACCAUAAUAAAUAAAUAAAUAAAUAACUAUAUCGGUGAAGGCGAACUCGCUGCGUUCGACUUGAGUUUCAUGCAUUUCCGAUGUGAAAGUGAACCGUGGCCUCACGCUCAAUCAAGCGCGAUUCGAACGACGAAAAACGAGCACGCGAGUGAGUGAAACGGAACGGCCACCAUCUUGAUGGGCUAGAGCGGGAAGCAGCAAGCGACCAUCCCGUCUGUGUGUAACUUUGUGGGACCGUUGAUUUGUGGUUCUAAAAAUAAGAAAAACCCUAUAUUCCAACGUCCGAUUGAGCCGGCCGUUUGCUCGGCGGGGACGUUCGGCCGUUGGCGUGCCUGGUGACAGAAGAGUGAAAUUUGUCGUGAAAGCCAUCACACACGCCGUACGCAGGGCGAGAUUUUACCGUGAAACACACGCAUCAGUUUGCACGCUCGAUAGUGAAACGUUCGUAUCCGAUCGAAGCGGAUCGGUUUUGAAGAUUUUGCAGCCGUUCUAAGUGCAGUUGUUCUAGCGCACCGAGUGCAGUGUUUGGCUGAAGUGAAACAGACAGCAUGCCGUCACAUCAUCAGAAGAAGAAGCAUAAGAAACAGCAGAGCCACGCAUCUGGGAAUUCUAAGGAAGAUGCUCAGACAACCUCAGAACAGGACAGUGCAGUUGAUGGUCAUUUGGAAGAGAGUACACCUUACGCAUUGAAACGUUCCGAGCAGGUUGGCAGAUAUCUUGUUGCCUCACGAGACCUUAAAGCAGGUGAAGUCAUCAUCGAAACGCCACCGCUCGUUGUGGGUCCAUGUGCAGAAACUGAACCAGUCUGCUUAGGUUGUCACAGCUCCUUUACGCCGGGUAGCGAGGUGUACAGAUGUGACAGCUGUAACUGGCGACUAUGUGCUCCCAACUGUCACGGUCUAAGCACUCACCGACAGCUAGAAUGCAUUCCACUGCGGGAUAAGGCAGUCCACAAGCUACUCCAACCGUCCACUCCCGUCCAGCAGAAGCUGAUGUACGAAGCCAUACUUACACUGCGCUGCAUGCUGCUGAAAACCGUCGAUCCGGUCAAUUACGAUCGCCUACUGGAUAUGGAUCCUUUGAACGAUGUUCGUCAACAGAUACCUAAACUAUGGAACCGUAACCAGAAAGAGAUUGUACGACGAAUCCGGGAUGAGUGGGGAUUCACCGAUGACUUUACCGAACUGGAACUCCACACCAUCUGCGGCAUUAUCGAGGUUAAUGCGUUCGAGGUGGGCCAAGAUCCGAUCAAGGCUCGUGCACUCUUCCCGAAGGCAUGUCUCCUAAUGCACGACUGUACACCGAACACGGGCCACACGGAUGAUCUCCAGACACACCAUCUUACAGUGCGAGUCCUGAGAGAUGUAGAAGCGGGUGAGUCACUUACGCUCACCUACGCACACAUCCUCCAAGGAACACUGAAACGACGGCAGCAUUUAAAGGAAGAAAAGUUCUUCGACUGCAACUGUCGUCGGUGUUCCGAUGCUACCGAGCUCGGCACGUACUGCAGUGCGCUCCGAUGCACCAAAUGCCGAAGAGGACUCAUCCUACCAGCGAACCCACUCAAUCAGCAAUCGGAAUGGCGCUGCCAACAAUGUCCAAACAGUGUGUCCUGCGAGUCGGUUAUACUGCUGCUCGAAAAACUAUCCCAACAGCUCGAAUGCAUCGGUGGGAACGAUGUCGGCGGAUUGGAAGCAUUCCUACACACGCAGAGCACGGUCCUGCACGAUAACCACUAUCUGCUGCUGUCGGUGAAACAUUCGCUCUGUGAGCUGUACGGGAAGAUUGAGGGAUAUCUCAUACCGGAGCUCAGUCAGGAGCAGCUGAAGCGCAAAGAGACGCUCUGUCGAGAUCUGCUCGAGGUAGUGGAUCAGUUGGAGCCCGGGCUUAGUAGACUGAGGGGUACCAUCAUGUACGAGAUGCAUGUGCCGCUGUUGAUAGAGGCAGGACAAUUGUUUCAGAGUGGAGUAAUUCAACGAGCGGAGCUACGCCGUCGGUUGAAGGAAGUGCAACGGCUUUUAAGGGAAAGUGAGCGGAUAUUGUCACUCGAGCCGGAAGGCUCGCCGGAGUAUGGCAUAGCAGAGGCGGCUAGGGAUGCACUUAAAAAUAUGGGAACUGUAUAAACAGUGAGAAUUGUUGUAAAAGGAGUUUUCUUUUAAAAUAAAUCCCUUUUGAAGUUAU